CGUAAAGAAGUACUAAAUUAUACAACCCUACACAAACAAUCCGUGCAAUGACAAGUAAUUUUCAGCAAAAGUCAGUCCAAACUGUUUUUGCCGAUUUUUUAAUAAGCUGCAUUAAUUUACUGAAAUAGCCUUCAAAGAAUUAAAAUAAACAAAUAUGGCACGUCGUUAUGAUUCCCGUACCACCAUCUUCUCGCCCGAGGGCCGUUUGUACCAAGUAGAAUAUGCUAUGGAGGCUAUUUCACAUGCCGGCACCUGUUUGGGUAUUUUGGCUGAGGAUGGUAUCCUCUUGGCCGCCGAAUGUCGUAACACCAACAAACUACUGGAUCCCAGUAUCUUUGCUGAGAAAAUCUAUAAGCUAAACGAUAACAUGGUAUGUUCCGUAGCUGGUAUUACAUCGGAUGCCAAUGUCUUGACCAAUGAAUUGCGCAUCAUUGCUCAACGUUAUCAAUUCAGUUACGGCGAAUCCAUGCCCUGUGAACAAUUGGUAUCUUAUUUAUGUGACAUCAAACAGGCCUAUACCCAGUACGGUGGCAAACGACCAUUCGGUGUAUCCAUUCUUUAUAUGGGUUGGGAUAAACACUAUGGUUAUCAGUUGUAUCAAUCGGAUCCCAGUGGUAACUAUGGUGGCUGGAAGGCCACAUGUAUUGGUAAUAAUUUCGGUGCAGCCAUUUCACAACUGAAGCAGGAACUGAGCGAAAAUGAAAAAAUCACUUUGGAUCAGGCUAAAGAUUUGGCCGUUAAGGUUUUGAGUAAAACUUUGGAUACCACCAAAUUGACUUCAGAGAAAAUUGAAAUGGCCACGCUUCAGAGGGUAAACGACAAGACAGAAAUUAAAAUUCUCACUAAACCUGAUGUUGAAAAGCUAAUUGAGAAAUACAACAAAUUAGAAGCUGAGGCCGAGGCUGCCAAGAAGGAAAAACAAGCUGCCCAAAAACCCUAAAUUGUAAAUGUCGGAAAAGUAAAUUAUAAUUUUGUAAUUUUUCUAUAUGGGAUUUUAAUUUUAAGAGAUUUUCUUUAAAGGAAAUAAAAUUUCUGUAAAAUGUUA